CGGGGCACUGGGCAGACCCGCUGACAACGCGGAACUAGUAGAGGAUUCACGUGAUUGUCAGUCGGACAUGUUUCCCCAGCGGACAAUUUACAACUCGUCUGGACGGCUACGAUGUAUUCAGCAGGAACAGAGAGUUUGAUCAAACAAGCCAGGGAGAUCGGGGAGGAGGAGCUACAGAAGUUCUACAGCAGGAUCACCAAGCAGCUGACGGGUAAAGAACACGGCCAUGAUGUCAUCGACUCACUCCAGAGACUGCACCUGAUCAUGGCCUCCACCAAGUACACUAGGAGGCUGCCAGUGGAGCUGCAUCGACGUCUCCUGUCGCUUUGUGUGUCUUCCUCUGUGGAGCAGCUGACUGUGUUGACCUCAGCAGUCCUCAGAGAAACACUGCCCCCCUCUGGUCCGGGGCAGAUCUACACCCUAAAUGACUACAGCCCUUUAACCAGUCACACUGCUGCCGUAGCGCUGUCACAGGUACACAUCCGUACUGAAUAGGCUAGUGCCGAGUAACCCCCCAAACAUGUUGAUACCCCUACCCGAGGUAUAGCAAAGCCCAACCACAUCGUUCCAUAUCUCUUAACAUCUCUCAUAUAUGAAAUGGAUGAUUGUGUCAAAAUAUGUUACUGUAAAGGUGGUUAAAUUGAUAGAUAUUGUGA